AUGGGGAGUAGUUGUUGUAAUCAUCGAGAAAUGAAUCAAUCUUAGUUAUAGAAACAUACUCAGAUAUUGACUCCAGUGAUAAAAUCGAAUGAUAAUUUAGAUUCCUUUUAGGAUGAUGACGACUUAAUCAUACCAAUGCAAAAAUAUACAACCUUAAGUGCAGUUUCAAAAAUUGAACUUGAUUUUACAUAAGUUACACAUCAGACAAAGAUGAAGAAGACAAUUUAAUUACCAGUUGCUAGGAAAUCAGUAAAAAUUAGUUAUGAUAAUUUUAUUACAAUGAAACAAGGAGAAUGGCAUGAAUAAUAUAGCAUUUUGAAAAAACUAGGUUAAGGUAGUUAUGGAUGUGUAUGGUUGGGUAAACAUAAUAAGACUGGCAUAUUGAGAGCACUAAAGUAAAUAAAAAAGGAUUCUUUGUUAUUUGAAGAUCAAUAAAGAAUGUUAUCAGAGCUUAAUAUUCUUAAAUCUCUAGAUCAUCCAAAUAUUGUACGAGUUUUUGAAUGUUUUUAAGAAGAUGAACAAUAUGUAGUUGUUACAGAGUAUAUUAAUUUCAAUAAUUAAGAUAUCUUCCAGGAGGAGAGUUAUUCGAAAGAAUAAAGAAACUCUAGAUUUUUAGUGAAAGAAUGGCAGCUGAUUAUAUCAAACAAAUAUUAUAAGCAGUUAGUUAUUGUCAUGAGAAAUAAAUUGUUCAUAGGUAUUGAUAUUAUAUUUUAAAUCUUAAUUAGAGAUUUAAAACCAGAGAACAUUCUAUUGAGUGGAUAAGGAGAAGAGAUUAAAGUUAUUGACUUUGGAACUUCUCGUCAUUUUACUUAGAAUUUCGAUAUGAAAAAAAGAUUAGGAACUCCUUAUUAUAUAGCUCCAGAAGUCUUAAAUCAAAAAUAUAAUGAAAAAGUAGAUAUUUGGUCAUGUGGGGUUAUUCUGUAUAUAUUUUUAUGUGGUUAUCCUCCAUUUGCUGGAAAGACUGAUAAAGAGACUUUAGCAAAGGUUCAAGCAGGAAAAUUGAUAUUUGAUAGAAAUGAUUGGUCAACUGUAUCAAGUGAGGCUCAAGAUUUAAUUAGCAAAAUGUUGAAUUUAGAUGUUACUAAAAGAUAUUCUGCUCAAUAGGCAUUAAAACAUUGUUGGAUUUAGAAAAAUGCUAAAUAAGAAAUAAUUUCCUUACAAUUACUUAGUAACAUAGAAAAGUUUUAGGUUAAUAAUACAUUUUAUUAUUAGGUAUAAAGUAAUUUUAAGAAAGCAGUUAUGACAUAUAUGGUGAGUUAAACCUUACAUAGUUAAGAAAUUAGUGAACUUAAAGCAACUUUUAAUGCUCUUGAUAAAAAUCAUGAUGGAAACUUAAGUAAGCAAGAGUUGAUAGCUGGUUAUAGAGUAUUGUUAAGAAGUAAAGAAUAAGCUGAAGAAAAAGUGAAUUAAAUUUUAGAUACUUUAGAUUUAAAUCAUUCCAAUCUUAUUGAUUAUUCAGAGUUUAUUAUGGGAGCAAUGAGAGUAGAAAAAUUAGUUUCAAUUGAAAGGAUUAGAUAAGCAUUUCGAAUGCUUGAUAUUGUAAUAUUUAUAUAUAUUUUAGAAUGGAGAUGGAUAUAUUUCAAAGGAAGAACUUGAGGAAGCUAUGGGGUUUUUGGAACCUGAAAUAUGGGAAUAAUUUUUAAAUGAUUGUGAUUUAAAUAAAGAUGGUAAGAUAUCAGAAGAAGAAUUUAGUAAAAUUUUAAUUACCAUAUGA